AUGUCGCGAAGAUUCACGCAAGCGGAAAAGGGAAAGGCUCUCGUUCCACCACCUGAACCCCCACGGCUGGGAAGAGUAAAAGUCCCAGCUUUUGACAACUCAGUUCUAGUGAAAAGGCAUGCACUGACCCUUAUCGGGAAAGUGACGAAUCCAAAGAUCCAAAGGAUGUGGUCUCUGCUACCUUUCUUCACUGAACACUGGAAAACAAGCGCACCAGCCCUAGGAACAGAUCUAGGCCAUGGGAAAUUUCAGUACCAGUUUGCGACGGAAGAAGAUAUGCAGUUGGUGUUGGAUAACAGACCUUACCACUUCGCACACUGGAUGCUCAUCUUACAACGGUGGGAACAGACUGUCUCCACAACUUUCCCAUCACAAAUCCCCUUCUCGAUAAAAGUACAGGAUGUACCAGUUCACCUGUGGAGUGAAGCGAUGCUACGAAGCAUUGGAGAAGACUUGGGAACUUUUGAAACCUGGGAAAUAACAAAAGCACAUGCCAAGAUGAGAGUUCAAGUAAAUGGUCUCCUCCCGAUCCUGAAAACCUACAACCUGGAGUUUGCUAAUGGAGAUGAAGUCCUAGCAUCUCUAGUCUAUGAGAAAUUGGAAAAGCACUGUACAAAAUGCGGUAUGCUUGAUCAUGAAGAAGUAGAAUGUCAUGACCUUUUGGUGGAGCCUCUAGCAUCUCAACUCCCACCUCCGCCGCUGAGAAGAGAAGUACCCUCUGCUAGAGGCAGCCAUGAUAGCUCUCGAACUCUGACGAAGAGCCAGAGAAAUGAACCAAGAAGGGAUGACACUUGGGGGCGGAACGCAAGAAUGACCACCAGCAGUAGAAAUUACUCUUACUAUGGCAAUAACCUACAAAGAAACAUCUGGCCCAAUGACUCAAGAAACUCUAAUACAUCCGGGGAAAGAGGAAGGCGCUCUACGUAUAAGUCUGGUUUCCAACCAAAUUCUAUAAGGUAUGAGAGUGGCAGACAAAGUGUACCUCGUUGGGUUGAAACGGGACGGCGAGUAGCAACCUCCGCGUUAGCAGACUCUACAAGCAGAUUCAGAAGCAGUGAAGUGAGGACUGAAUCGGCUAGAGAUAGAAGGAGCGGAGAAAGGAGAAGUGAAGAAAGAGUAACCAAACAGAACAUGGCACAAGGAAAGUCACCUGCAGGAUCAUCCCAUUCUAGAAGCAGCCAUCGCUCAGGCCACAGACCCUCCCAGGAGACAGAAUUCCCAGCACGUGCUCUAUUAGAAGCAAGAGGGGAAGUCCGAGAUGUCAUGACCCAAUAUACCAUCUGUGCGGACCCAACGGAAAGUGCUGCUCGCAAAGAAAGACUGAGACAAGCUGAGGAAAGAGGAGAGAUAGAACAAACAGCAGUUCAGAUGGUUAGACACUCUCAAAGAGUUCAAAACCAAAUCCCGGAGAGAGUGGAAGAGCAAAACCUGGAGCCUCUUAUGCACGAACGAAUUCCAGCAUCCCAGCGACUUGGACCAAUACUCACAGACAUACCUAUAGAAGAGGAAUCAGUGAGAGUACCUGCCAAGAAGAGAUUGGGAAGACCACCAAAUAAGAAGAAAACUUUACCAAGCUCACCCCCAAUGCCAAAGAAAAGGAGAAUGACACAAUUGGCAGGCUCACCAAAAAGAAGAUUGAUUAUGGGGAGCACGUCAAGGCGAGCACCAAAGAAACCAACAAGCUCCAAGGGACAACCUUCAGGCUCCAUAAUUCCUGCUAUCUCGAAGCAGAGGAUGGAUUUUCAGGAUCCAUCCACUCGUCUCCCUUAA